UCUCGGUGGGGCGGGGCCUCCCGGCGGGGGUCUCUCGGAGGGGCCGGGGCGGCGCCGGGGCCAUGCCGGGCGGCACCGCCCGCCGGAGCUGUUCGGGGCGGCGGUGCUGAGCCCCGCCGCGCCGCGGCGCCGCGCUGGGCACGGGCGGGGCCGGCGCCUCCCCGCGCCGCGCUCGCGGGUGCCGGCGGGGGGAGCCGGGGCCGCCGCCGUCUCCCGCCGCCGCCGCUCCCGCCUGCGCACCGCCGCCGCCGCCUGGGGCCAUGGCGGCGCUGGUGCUGAUGGUGCUGGCGGCACUGGGCGGGCGGGCCGUGCUGCCGGGCGGGCAGUGCGCGGCGCCGCUGGCCGACCUGCGCUCGCAGAUCUCGGGCGUGGAGUCGCUGCUGGAGGAGUUCCGCCGGCAGCUGCAGCAGGAGGAGCCGGGCCCCGCGGCGGCGGCGGCGGCGGCGGCGGGCGGCGGGGAGCAGUGCGGCGGCGGCGGCGGCUUCUCCGCCAGGCCCGACUCCAUCAUCCGCACCAAGGACUCCAUCGCGGCCGGCGCCACCUUCCUGCGGGCGCCGGCGGCCGUGGCGGGCUGGCGGCAGUGCCUGGACGCCUGCUGCGCCGAGCCGCGCUGCACGCUGGCCGUGGUGCAAGGGCCCGGGCGGCCGCGGGAGGCGGCGGAGCUGAGCUGCUACCUCUUCAACUGUACGCACCGCGGCCGCGCCGUCUGCCGCUUCGCCCCGCACCGCGGCUACAGCACCUACAGCCGCCGGACCGCCGCCCUCGCCCCGCCGCCGCCGCCCGCCGCCGCCCCCCGCGGGGGGCCGCCGCCGCCGAGGGGCGUCGGCUCGCCCGCCGCGCCGCCGGAAUAUGAUGAGCCUCCACAGUGCAAGGCAGGACAAGAUACUGUGCUGCAGUCACCUGUUGACUGGGUGCUUCUGGAUGGCCGAGGAAGUUCGGAUGACCAUGGAAUUGUGCAGUAUGAAUGGACUCUGCUGCAAGGUGACUCAUCUAUUGAAAUGAAGGUACCACAACCAGGAACGCUGAAGCUGUCUCACUUUCAGGAAGGCAUAUAUAUUUUCCAGCUAACUGUGAUGGACACUGCUGGACAGCGGAGCUCUGAUAAUGUCUCUGUGACCGUUCUUCCCAUGGUUCAUUCUGCAGUAGCUUGUGUUGGGGUUUGCUCUCGCUACCAGUUUAUCUGUGAUGAUGGUUGCUGCAUUGACAUCACAUUUGCUUGUGAUGGAGUGAAACAGUGCCCUGAUGGAUCUGAUGAAACUUUCUGCCAGAACCUCAGCCCAGGCCGGAAGACAGUGACACAUGCAGCUCAUGGCACUACCCAGCAAAGGACUGUAGGACUGACUGAAAAUGCACAUGAAAACUUUUCCGCAGACAACACCCUGAAAACCACUGUAAGAAAUCAACCACUUCUUUCACUGGAUGCAGACACGUCUAACCAGUCGCUUUCUCAGGGACCAAAGAAACAAAUCAAUGGAUUUGUGCCAGGCACAUCUCCUGAGUGAGGAAACCCAGACUGCAUCUCUUCCAAAAGGCCGGCCCAGCGUUUCUGUAUGGCUGCCUCCAAAGUGCCCCAGAUUUCCUUUCCAGGGAGACUCUCAAACCCAGCUGCACAUUCUGGCACUGCUGCACUUGUAAAUGAAUGUAACAAAAAUACAGCUGCAGCAAAGCACGCUGGAGUGAUGGACUGGUUUCUAAGCAGCAAUAGUUAUUCUAGCAACCAUGGUCAUGUAGACAGGUUGAAUGCCUAAGCAGGCUGAAGAUUUUCACUUCCCAGCAUAGCAAAAGCAAGUGUAUGAAUCACCAUAACAGCUUUGCAUUCCCCUGGCAUAGGAUCUCUGCCUCUCUCUAGGCUGCCUACACCAGCUGUUCUGCAGUACUGUUCAGGGAUGGGAUUACAACAUUUGACUGAGUGCCCAGGCCUUAGUCAUGUUUUUGCUGCAGAGGCAUCAACAGCAGUAUCCAUAAUUUAGGUCUGUAUAGCCCUUUCCAGUUACCCUAAAUUACACUGCAAUUUCCUAGACGCAGACUAGAAAAUGAAGAGAAAGUAAAAACAAAAUAAAACGCACAAAAAAUGCUUUAGCUUAAUAGUGUUAAAAAUACUACUAGGCAGGCAAGAAGGCCAAAUAUAUAAAAGCUGUAACACUUCAGGGAAAAAAUCCUCCUUUCUCCAACUCUCUAGAGUUAUCUGACAAAAUCUCACAAGUUAAUUUAGGACUCUGACUCAAAGCAGUGCCAGUGGGAUGAAUUUCAAGUCCCUUGGAAGGUCUGCAUGAAUUCCAUGGUGACUGGAUUUGUGUCAGAGGAAAACCCUCUUACUUUUUAUGUAUUGUCAAAGAGAUGCAGAGACUCACUGUCACAGGCUCCAAAGCCUCUUUGGGAUAAUCUUUUUUUUUUCCCAGUUGAUAAUGGACAAGGUAGCCUCUCCAGUCCUGUAGGAAUAGCCACAAAUCCUAACAAAACCCUACAAGCUUUCUUGAAAGGAUUCUGUUAUUCUACUACCUUUCUAAAUUUUUUCCACUAGACUUCCCUGUAUAUUCAGAUAUAUUUGCUAAAUGUUUUUACAAGCAGCUGACUUAAAUAUUCCCUUUAUUCAAAUGGCAGAAAAACAAAUUCAUAAACCAGGCAUUCAGACUUAUUUUUUUCAUGUAGGCUAGAGCAGCUCUAAGAGGAGCUGGUGUCUUUUGUGUAUUUCCAGAAUUAAGGAAAAUAUUUAUUUAAUUUUAUUUAGGGAAAACAGAAACAAAAAGCAGCUGCUGGCUUAGGUCUCUAUUACAUUCCGAUUAUUCUGUGCAGCUCUGAUGCUAUAAAAGUACCUUAAAGCCAGUGCAAUUUACACUUAGCAUUUCCUUAAGGCCUUUUUACAUGCUAGAACAACUUAGAGCACUCCUAGUGUAAAUGACGAGGACUGUAGCUUGUUUCUAAGGCAUUUCCUGGCAUGUGAAGUUAGUGUUUAUACACCUUUAACCAUAAUGACAGGACAAUAAAUGCAGAGCCUGGGAGACUGUUUUGCAACUUAGAGUGGGGACAUUAUUACUAACCUCACGCUAAUACCAAUGAAACAAUUUAAGUGUCAAUUAAAAGGCAUGUGUAUUUGCUGCCUCCACUGGCCAGCCAGCUUUCUGCAGUGCUUCAGAGCUAUUCUCAGUGGGUAGGAGGUGGAUGUGGUAUACGUUCCAAGCUAAUUGACUUAAACACUUCCUUUUAACACCCACCAUUACAUGAAAUUCUAAUUACAACAUUUCACAUUCAUAUUUUACUGAUAUUGCAGCAUAAUAUAUUUCCAUGGGCAUUGUUACAGUUCUGAGGGCCAUCAGGACAUAUUUCACCUCAUAGACAAAGAGGCUUUCAAUAUUUAUGUUACCGCUAAAAGACAAAUAGAGUCAUUAUACUUAAAACAGGCAUAUUUCUGAUUUUUGUGAGGUUAUUGGUGGAUUAAGCUGUCAUUCUUGUAUUAAGUGGCUCCAAACCUGUUGGUGUGGAACUUUAGUGCAAGGAUAGGAGAAGGGAGUCCCAGCUAAGUUACUUUUUGCUCUUGUGAAACAAAACUACUGUUGUCUGUGCUCCCAAGAUGAAUGCUUCUUGGUAGAAAAGACGUGUGUGUGUGUUAUUUCUUCUUAUGUAGUUAGAAAAACGUGGGGAAAUCAUUUCAAAGAUAAUGAACUAGCCUCUUCAGCUUUGAGUAGAACAGAAGGUAUGAAAGAAUAUUGUUUGUACUUCAGUACAAACAGUAUUUCAGUUCUGCACCCUUAUGUGUUGAGUAAAGGGCAAAAUUAAGGCAAUUUGUGCAGCCAAGCUAUGCAUUUCCUGCUUUACAAACUAAGGGUGGAGAUCAACAUAAUUUGAAGUGGCCUAAUUUUCAGCUGUAUGUAACUGCUUUAGUAAUAUUUUAGCUCAUAUUGGUCUAGAUCCCAUUAUGGAAGUUUUUAUAGAGAAUUUAUAUCUAUCUUUUAAUCAGUGGAAAUUGACCCCACUUAGGUUUCAUUGAAAUGGGCUGUGGUUUGUGAUGCAAAAAUGAAUUUACAUUUUAGCUUAAUUUUUUUCAUAUUACUUCAAAAGUUCAAAUUAUACAACAGGUGGCAGCAGUUUUUAGACUGCUUCCACAUUAUUUAAUUUCAUGAUUAAGACUUCCUGAAUGACUCACCUGCAGUAUGCAUUUAUCUUGCUUGACUUUAUGCAGAUAACAGUUCCUCAGGGAAAAGAACAGAUGAUCAAAAUGGAAAUGGCAUAACUGUGCCAAAGAGAGAUCAGCUUGGAGGUAGUCAUCC